AUGUCGUCUGCAAAUUGUUUACAUUUAAUCAAAUUAUUAAAUUUACAUGAUAACGUUGUAAUACCACAACAAAUACUCUUAAUUAAAGGUGUAGUGGAGCAUAGCAAGUGUUUUAAACCACAAGAUGUAGAAUUGUCGAUAGAAAAUGCGAAUAUAUUAACAACCGGCUUAUCUAAGGAUACGGGAAGAUUUAAGUUUUUAAUCGAUUUGGGCCAAGAAAAUAAAAAUAUUGAAUUAAGUUUUUCCUAUUGCAAAACCAAUUUAAGAAUAAAUGUUUUGUAUCAAAGAAAGCAAUCGGCAUACAAAAUCCAACCUUUAUUAAUAUUGGCCAAAGAUGAACUGCAUCAGUGUGAAUCUGUUUUUAUAAACCAGCAAAUAAUUGACUUGAAUCUAUUAUUAAUACAAUCAGUGUAUGCGGAAAAACUACAAGAAGCUGUUAAGCAAAGAUUAACUUUUGUUUUUAAUGAUAAUAGUAAAAUAUUUAUUUCUAAACUGAAGCAACAAGAAAUAUGGCAACUAAAUGAACAGGAUUUGUGGCUGGAAUUCGCCAAGGAACUUUUAGAAUCAAAGUGGGGUAACCAAGACAAUUUAAAGUUUAUUGCCUUUAUAAACUGCAGCAAAUAUUUGGGAGCUGAAGUGGCAAAAUCUCAAGACUUUUCCUAUCAAAACAUAAGAAAACAUAUCAAAGGUCAUGCUGCCUUGGGAGCAGGAGGUUUGGCCUUAUUUAGUACCACUUACUUUUAUAGUUGGCCUAGUGAAUUUAAAAAUAUAUUAAAUUGCUUUGCAAAUCAACAAAAACUGAACUUAAGCCUAGAGCCGGAUGACAGUAACUAUCGCAAGACAAGAGCCGGAGUGUAUGCCUCAAGUUUGGGGGCAGUUUGCCAUGAAAUAGGUCAUAUCUUUGAUUUGGGCCAUGAUUUACAAGGUGUUAUGGGCUCUAAUUUUGACUAUAUAAAUAGAGUUUUUACGCUGCAAACUAAAACUGAACAUUUGCCCGAGAGGAUUGUAGAACAAAAGCAAGUCGCCCAAAGUAAACCCCGUUUUACUCGCCUCAAAGAUCCAGCAAAUGGUUUCCUACAACGUUAUCGUGAGCAACAAGAAAAUGAUUCAUUUUAUUUUUCGGCUAAUUCGGCGGUGAUUUUAUCUCAACAUGCUUGGCUAAGAAAUGAUAUUACGACAUUUCAUAACAAUAAUUUUAAUGUUUUGCUAGAUAAGUCCCAGGCUAUUAUCAAAAGUACGGAAUUACCCCUAAGGAUUAUAGAAUUACGUGACUGUGCUAAUAGUUUGGUUAAGGAAUGGUUUGAUUUGCAAACAUCGAGUGAAGAAAAUCCAGUUUUUGAAUUUGAUUUAAAAGUACUGCUAAAUAAGCUAUCCCAAGAUUAUUAUUUGUUUGUUAUGAGCAUAUAUGGUCAUACAAAGAAAUUGGUGAUAUAAUUUUGAGCUUGAUACUAUAAAAAAUCAAAGAAUACUAGGUUUCUGUAAGUAAAUGAAACAUUUAUAAAUUUCUUCAAUUUUAGCUUGCAGUUAAGAGUAAAGGACUUUAAAACUUGGAAAAAUUAGAUGAGACUUUCGGUAGAUUUAAUAAGUAGAAAAACUAUACGAUAAACAAGUAUUUUAUGCUAGACUACAAAAAUAUAACAAAUAAAAGCCUGCAAAUAUGCAACACAAAAAAUUGUGUACAAUAACGAAUAACAAAACAAAAAUUUGAGGUUAAAAACGAACGGGAAAAUAAUAGAAGAUGAAAUACCUAUCACUUUAAGUUAAAUUCCUAAAGCAACAGAUUACCAGAAAUAUAGGUAAAAUGUAAACUAACAAUUCAUUUUAAAUUUUAAUUAAAAUUUAAAAAAAAUUAUCGUCAUCAAUCAGUUCUAAUUGUUCUUUAACCUACAACUACAUACAUAC